UUCUCUGUGCCGGUAAGUGAGAGGAUGUGACCCGAUUUUUCACCACCCAACCAAAAAAUUCGACAAAACUCAAAAGUGUACCUAUGUCAAUAUUCGGCUGUGGCCCGUGUAGGGUGGGGCGGCUCGAAGAUGAGCUAUAAAUUGGUCGGUCGUCGACGACAUGGUAUCACACAGUUCACUUCCUUCUUUCAAGGUAACUCGAUCUGGUUACCACCGACACACCAUAAGAUGAAACCCUUCGUGCUUGUUGCCACCCUUGUGGCUCUUGUAAGCGGACGUCCAGAACCUCCAUCGGGUUACAACUACCCGAGGCCGGGCGGUGGUCAUCAUCAUAUUGGUUCGGUUGGCAUCCACGGUGGUGGUGGUUUUGGUAACAACUUCCAGACCAUCAGUUCUGGACACCAUCAGACUUCCUUCGGAAAUCAAGGUGGUGACUUUGGUGGUAACACUGGUUUCACUGACUCCCACUUUGGAGGACAGAGUUCUGGAUCCUUUGGUGGUUCUUCCGUAAACUUUGGUAGUUCAUCUGGAUCCUUUGGUGGUUCUUCUGGAUCCUUCGGUGGUUCGUCUGGUAACUUUGGUGGUUCUUCCCACUUUACUCAAGGCGGACACAGCGGUGGAGUAACAGUCCAAAAGCACAUCUACGUGCACGUCCCACCACCAGAGCCAGAGGAGUUCCGUCCACAACAGCAAAUCGCUGUCGGUCAGGCCCAGAAGCACUACAAGAUUAUUUUCAUUAAGGCUCCAUCUGCUCCAGCCGCGACUGCCCCAACCAUUCCUCUGCAGGCUCAGAACGAAGAGAAGACCUUGGUCUACGUCUUGGUUAAGAAACCCGACGAGCAACCAGAGAUCUCGAUCCCAACUGCCGCCCCAACCCAGCCCAGCAAGCCAGAGGUUUACUUCAUCCGUUACAAGACCCAGAAGGAACAGGGUGGUGGUCAUUUCACUUCCGGCUCGUCUUCCACUGUUCUUACCGGUGGCGACUCUGGAAUUUCUGGUGGCAUCACUGGUGGAAUUACUGGCGGUAUUACUGGUGGCAUUACUGGUGGCGACAUCAUCUCCUCAGGAGGUUCUUCCUCUUCUCAUCACUCCAGCUCUUCCAGCGUGUCCACCAACUACGGACCACCUGGCCAGAGCGGCCCAUACUAAGUCAUUUCGCACCCAUUUUCACACGUAACGGGUAACGAGAGAAGUGCAUCGAUCAUCUAAGCAAUUCUUUUCUCGUCUCGUCAUCACAGCCAUGACGCACACAUUUUCUGCAUCUACUGGAAUGGGACAUGUGAUAAUCCCAUUUAUCGCAUUUUGUACAUAGUUUUUCGUUGAUGAGAAAUGCUAGAAAUUAUAUUGUAAUGUUUUUUAUAUGUAUUUUUGCAAGUA